AUGGCGAGCGGGCUUGAAGUACUCGGGGCGUUGGCUGCAGCGUCUCAGAUAGCUGAGCAGCUCCUGAACAUUGUCAAACUUGUCCAAACCAUUCGAGAUGCGCCGAAGGAGGUCGUUCAGCACAUCGCCUCGCUGCGACAACUGACUAGCGUUGUGGAAAGCAUCAAGGCCACCCCGUCCUACCAGUCUCGACAGGUGGCCGAAAUCCUGUCAUUGAUUAACACCAAGACCAAUGCCUUAUCGGACAUCCUGGUUAAGCUCCAAGCAGAUUCCCGGGACAGUACUGUGAAUGCUACCAAAAAAAGAGUCAAAUCAACCUGGAUUACCGAUAAUGUGGCGAACAAACUCGACCAGAUUGAAAGGGACAAAUUGACACUGGCCUUGUGCCUUGCUCGGAUUGAUGCACAAGUCCAGGGCGAGCAAAUCAGGAGCCUUUCUUCCCAAUUGCAAGGUCUCCGCAGCACGAGGGAUGCGUCAAUCUUUACCGCGGAGCAGUGGCGAGAUUAUUGCCUUGCUGAGCUCUUUAUCACGAAUCCUGUUGACGAUAGAGCUAUGUUGACUCGGACGAAGGGAGAACGCACCCACGGAACCUGUACUUGGAUCAUCGAGCAACCAGCCUACCGAUCAUGGAAAGACCCGGCUUGUCAGUCGCCCCUUCUUUGGAUAUCGGGAGGCCCCGGAAAAGGCAAAACAAUCAUGUCAGUCUUCCUGACAGAAGAACUGGAACAGCUUGCCGCGCAGAGUGACACCAACAAGCACCAAGUGUUAUACUUCUUCUGCGACAAUAGGGACAACAAACGAAACAAUGCCUCCUGCAUACUCAGGGGAAUUAUUCUUCAAGUCCUUCUCUCGCAUCCCGAUAUGAUUACCCACUUGCUACCCGACUUCAAAAUCCAAAGAUCCAAACUGUUCGAGGAGAAUUCUUUUGACGGUCUCUGGAGGGUUUUCGAAAACAUCAUUCGUGAUAUCGACGUGGAAAUCGUCUCCUGUGUGUUGGACGGGAUUGAUGAACUGCAAGAUUCUUCUCUGGAUACCCUCCUGCCGAAGCUCCAGGAUCUUGCUCUUCCGAAACUGAAGGUCAUCGCUUUCAGUCGGCACUUCCCGCGGAGCAUAAGUGAUGCGCUCAGCCACUAUCCCACAAUUCGGCUAGACCCAGACUCGCAGAAGGAGAUCAGCACAGAUGUGGACACCUACGUUCGCAACAGUGUCAAGGAGCUAUCUCGGGUAAAACGAUACCCUCCAGAUUUGGAGCGACAUGUCCUUGAGACUUUGAAGCUCCGGUCAGAAAGUACCUUCCUUUGGAUUUCAUUCGCGGUGGGUAUUUUGCGAAAGGUCACCAUCUCUGAGACAGAAGCCUGCCUUAACUCCUUACCGGCAGGUCUUCACGAUAUCUACGGCCGUCUCUUGCGAGGGGUCAGCAAAUCCAACUCAGACCUUGUCGCUGCGAUGCUGCGAUGGGCUACUCUCUCGGUGAGACCAUUGAAGCUUGAAGAGCUCGGCACGGCCUUGGCGCGACCCUCUUUUGCAACACUUAAGCCCGCGGAAGUGAUCAAAGACGGACUCCAACUGUGCUCGGGACUCCUGCUUCUGGAUGAUGAUAUGGUGACUUUGGUGCACCAGUCGUUCAAAGAUUACCUUCUCCGCCCAGAGCCUGAUGCGGACUCGGUCCUGGAAUGUUACAGAAUUAAGCCAGAUGAGGCGAACUGCGAGAUUACGGUAAAAUGCUUGGAGUUCCUGAGCGAGGAGAGGCCGUCCGCACGUGUCUUCAGGGAUGCUUUUCUCUGCGAGCAUCACCUGGACCCAAUUGAGGUUUCCUUCCUGAGCUAUGCUACCACAUACUGGCCGCUGCACGCGCGAGCUUCACCCUCCUUUGCCGGAAAAAACGAUACGAUAUUCAGUUCCUUCUUUAGUCACGAGGAAGGUACUGGAGCCUCAUGGUUCGUUGAAUACAUGCCGCCACUUGAGCCCUAUUUCAACAGGGACAUCUGGCGCGAUGUCUUCCACUUUUCUAACGCCCUAUUCAUGGUUGCGACGGCGCUGCUGAUCCCCAAUCUAGCACUGAAGUAUUGGCACAGACCUAGAACAUUUGGGAAGCUGAUACGGUUCCGGCAGCACGACAGGAUGUUGAGCCUGGCCCUUUCGGUUGCAGCAGUGUCAGGAAACGUAGAGAUUGCUCGCUUUCUACUACGUCACAGGGUGCACGUCAACAACGCCUACAAAAGCGAUGGUACCUCUGUCCUUGGUGUCACGCCGCUCCACCUCGCGGCAGUCCGUGGUCAUGAAGAUAUGGUGAAGUUGCUCGUGUCAAAGUCUGCGAACCUAGAGGCCAAAGGACCUUACGGCCAUACGCCGCUUUAUACCGCUGUUUUCAAUUCCAUGUCGCCCUCAUUACUGAGGCUUCUGCUUGAGGCUGGUGCGGACACCGAAACCAGAGACCUUUAUGGCCGGCCGCCCCUCCAUGCUGCCUGCCAAUUCGCAAAUGAAUCCACAACAAGGAUCUUGCUCGAAGCUGGCGCAAAUGUAAAUGCAUCGGAUUCGGAUCUUUGCACACCUUUGCACAUAGCAGUAAGCCAACGGGACGGUGACAUUGCAAGACUCUUGAUUGAUCACGGCGCAAACAUCAACGCUCGGACCACAAGCGGCGAGACGCCGCUUCAAAUGGUAGCCAUCGAAGCUAGGCCAGAUCUUUUCGCAAUGCUUCUGCACAAAGGCGCAGACAUCAAAGCCCUUGACGAUGAAGACCAGACGGCAAAGGAGAGGCUGCAGGAUUUGCUUCAAGAGCUAGAGGAAGAUCGGGAUCCUUUUUUGGCAUUGCGUUACACUAGCAUAGCGGAUAUAAGGGACACCCUUUUGAUGUUGCAGGCCGCUGAAGCAGGCAUUCCCCCGCCAGUCGCACCAUGA